AUGGGAGCCUCCCCCCUUGUCCUGUUGAUCAUCGGUCGCCAUAUCCUCAUCAGGAUCGUCGGGCGGAUGCGCUGGUGGCGCGCCGACAGGAGGCGGCGCACCUCCGCGAUCGGAGUGAGGGCACUUGAUCGAGCUCCUGCUCCGCGCGGUCUCUCGCAGGCGUGGGCAGGGCAGGGGCCGCUGGUCAUGGAUGGCCACGGCUGCACUGUGCAAGACGACUUCCGCACACUGCCGUCGUGCAGCCGCGCGUUGCAAGCGGCAUCCGGCUCUGGCACCAAGCAUGCUGAAAAAGUACCGCAGCGUACGCAUACGGAGCAGUAA